CGACAUGAGCGCCGCGGGGUUGCUGGCUCCGGCGCCCGCCCCGGCUGCAGCGCCGCCCGCCCCGGAGUACUACCCGGAGGACGACGAGGAGCUGGAGAGCGCCGAGGACGACGAGCGCAGCUGCCGGGGUCGCGAGUCCGACGAAGACACAGAGGACGCCAGCGAGACAGACCUGGCGAAGCACGAUGAGGAAGACUACGUGGAGAUGAAGGAACAGAUGUACCAGGACAAGCUGGCAUCUCUGAAGCGGCAGCUGCAGCAGUUACAGGAAGGUACGUUACAGGAAUAUCAGAAGAGGAUGAAGAAGCUGGACCAGCAGUACAGAGAGAGGAUCCGGAACGCAGAACUCUUCCUCCAACUGGAAACCGAACAGGUGGAAAGGAACUAUAUUAAGGAGAAGAAGGCGGCGGUGAAGGAGUUUGAAGACAAGAAGGUGGAGCUGAAGGAGAACCUCAUCGCCGAGCUCGAAGAGAAGAAGAAGAUGAUAGAGAAUGAGAAGCUCACCAUGGAGCUGACGGGAGAUUCUAUGGAAGUGAAACCCAUCAUGACCAGAAAGUUGCGGAGGCGACCAAACGAUCCUGUCCCCAUUCCAGACAAGAGGAGAAAACCGGCUCCCGCUCAGCUCAACUACUUGUUAACGGACGAGCAGAUCAUGGAGGAUCUGAGGACGUUGAACAAGCUUAAGUCACCCAAGAGACCAGCUUCCCCGUCCUCUCCUGAACACUUGCCUGCCACACCUGCAGAGUCUCCAGCCCAGAGGUUUGAGGCUCGGAUAGAAGACGGCAAACUGUACUAUGAUAAAAGAUGGUACCACAAGAGCCAAGCCAUCUACCUGGAGUCAAAGGACAACCAGAAACUGAGCUGUGUGAUCAGCUCAGUGGGAGCCAAUGAGAUCUGGGUGAGGAAGACCAGUGACAGCACCAAGAUGAGGAUCUACCUGGGCCAGCUGCAGCGUGGGCUCUUCGUGAUCCGCCGGCGAAAAUUCUUAACUUACCGGGACUAGCUACUUGGCCUGGGACAUGGAGAGCGCUGUGGAGUCUUCCAAGGCACCCACACGGCCGGCCACCUCCAUCUCUGUCGCUCUUCCUGCCUCGGCUUCUUCCAGAGUCAGUCGCCAGAGACUGACUGUCGGGAGUAUUGGGGGUUUCCUCCACCUGCCUUUUAGUCCUUACUUUUUAUUUGAUUUUAUUAUUAUUAUUAUUAUUUUUUGUUUAUACUUGGUCCUUUUUUUAAACCCUCCUUUGAGUUUGAAGGGGAGCUCCUUUUAAUGAGUGUCUUGAGGUCUUUCUCCCAUGAGGAGCAGUGAGUGUGUUUUCCCGUCAGGAUCUGAUGGGUGGAUUGUGUGCCUGCUUCCCUCGGUAGGCCCGGAAGCGUGGGGCAGGAGAGCUCUCUUGGCUCCGCCUUCUUGGAGAAAUAAAGGAUGUGUAACAUCUCAUCUCCCUUGCUGAGUGACCGGAGCUUCAAUCUUCACCCUGGAGACUGCACAGUGGACGGGGCUGGGAGAGGGGAACAUGGCGCAUUCCCAACACGCUGGAGAGCCAGCCCACUCUGAAUGGUCUUGAAUGCACAUGAUUUAUUUAGACAUGCCUGUCCCUGUUCAGGGUGAAGAAGUGGUAAUUUCAGAAAUUUCCAUUUGUAAUUCCUCUCUCCGGCUCCCAGUGGCUGGAAGAUCACGUGCCCCACUGUGGUCCGGGUUUUCUCUGCUAGUCGGGGUGGCCAGGUGGGUGCACAGUAACCGGUCUGAUGUGACUGGAUCCACCACAGACCCCAACCUCCCCUCAGUUUGCCCACGUUGGUGACAGGGAGAGCCCUGUCAUGCUGCGGCCACCAACUCUGCUUUUCCUCGAGUGCCCCCAGUGAAGCUACCUGUCAUGGCGCUCCGUUCCUGCUCCGUUCCUGCCUGGGCUUCUCUUGAGUCGUGACUCACGGGGCGGGGCAGGGGAUUCUCUGUGCUCCAGCUGCCACCAUGCCGUGUGUAAAGAAGAGGUUGGAGCAACUGACCCCGUCCCUCUGGACUACCAGUAGGCUGUCCACGGUUUAGAAUCCCCCACCCCCGACCCCGAGACAGGGCUUUUCUGUGUAGGCCAGGCUGGUCUUGAACUCAGAGAUCCGCCUGCCUCUGCCUCCUGAGUGCUGGGAUUAAAGGCGUGCGCCACCACGCCCGGCUUUUAGAAGUCUUGACAAGUGAUCUGUUUUGCUCUUAGCCCCUUGGACUCCGUUCAUGUUGCCUCUUGAUGUUUCCAGCCACAGUAGUGGCUGUGACUCCAAGGAAAGACUUGUACAGACCUAUUGUUUUAAUUUAUAUCCACUCUCUCACGUUGGAGUUUUUAAGAAACCAUGAUAAAUGAUGAUGUUUAUUAAUUAAAAGUUGCCAAGUGGUC